AUGAGAGAAAUUUGUAGGUCUUAUGAAGAGACAAAAGAAGCAAUCCUUGAGUUUCUUAUGGAAGAGGUAUCGAAAAAUAUCAAGCUUAAGAAAAAAAUCUUAGAGUACUUUGGACAAGGCUUACUUAAAUCAGAGCAUGAUAUCAGAGAGCUUGUAAAAUCUUUGGACUUAAAUUUAUAUAGAAUAAGUAAUUAUUUUACAAAAAUUCCUCAAAAUUAA